CCAAAGUCCCCCUCCCCAUGGCGACAUAGUCACGUUCCUGUGGGAGGGCCCACACACUUGGAACAGGGCAGCUGGGUGGUGGUUCAGGUGCUGUGGGGAUGCGGCCAACCUUGGGAGGCCAGCAGAGCAGACCCUACAUCUGAAAAGUGCUCCGGAGGCCCCCUCCUCCUGAAAGGACUUUAGUCUUUGGGACCCUCAGCUAAGCUGAGUGGCACAAGAGGUCGCACGGCAGGUGGUGAAGGAAAGGAGGGGACACAGCCACCCGCCACCUGCAGUCCACUCAAGGCUUGCAUCAUGGAGCUGAGGGGGUCCCGCUUUCGGGGGAGAGAAGGGCUGGGAAAGCAGCAGGAGCAACCCUCUGGAGCAGGGAACACUGAGACACACAGAGCCCCCGACUUGGUGCAAUGGACUCGACAUAUGGAGGCUGUGAAGACACAACUGCUGGAGCAAGUGCAGGGACAGCUGGCAGGGCUGCUGGAUCAAGCCAUGUGGGAGGCUGUGCAGUCCUACCCGCCACAAGGGAGACCUCUGCCAUCCUCUGGCCCAGAUUCUGUGAGCAAGAGCCGGGAGCCAUCUCUGGGGAAACGUAAAGUUUUCAUCAUCCGCAAGUCUCUGCUCGACGAGCUGAUGGAGGUGCAGCACUUCCGCACCAUCUACCACAUGUUCAUCGCUGGCCUGUGUGUCUUCAUUCUCAGCACCCUCGCCAUCGACUUCAUUGAUGAGGGCAGGCUGUUGCUGGAGUUUGACCUACUGAUCUUCAGCUUUGGACAGCUGCCCUUGGCCCUGGUGACGUGGGUCCCUAUGUUCCUGUCCACUCUUCUGGCGCCCUACCAGGCCCUCCGGCUGUGGGCCAGGCCCCGGGAUGGGGGCGCCUGGACGCUGGGGGCGGGCCUGGGCUGCGUGCUGCUGGCCACCCACACCGCGGUGCUCUGCGCGCUGCCAGUCCACGUGGCAGUAGAGCACCAGCUCCCGCCCGCCUCCCGCUGCAUCCUGGUCUUUGAGCAGGUCAGGCUUCUGAUGAAAAGCUACUCCUUCAUGCGAGAGUCUUUGCCCAGGACCCUGCAUGCCAGAGGAGGUGAGGGGGCCCAGGCCCCCAGUUUCUCCAGCUACCUCUACUUCCUCUUCUGCCCCACACUCAUCUACAGGGAGACGUACCCCAGGACACCCAGCGUCAGGUGGAAUUAUGUGGCCAAGAACUUUGCUCAGGCCCUGGGCUGUGUGCUCUACGCCUGCUUCAUCCUGGGUCGCCUCUGUGUUCCUGUCUUUGCCAACAUGAGCCGGGAGCCUUUCAGCACCCGGGCCCUGGUGCUGUCUGUCCUGCAUGCCACGUUGCCAGGCAUCUUCAUGCUGCUGCUCAUCUUCUUUGCCUUCCUCCACUGCUGGCUCAACGCCUUCGCAGAGAUGCUACGAUUUGGAGACAGGAUGUUCUACCGGGACUGGUGGAACUCAACGUCCUUCUCCAACUACUACCGCACUUGGAACGUGGUGGUCCACGACUGGCUGUACAGCUACGUGUAUCAGGAUGGGCUGUGGCUGGUGGGUGGCAGGGCCCGAGGCGCAGCCAUGCUGGGUGUGUUCCUGGUCUCUGCAGUAGUCCAUGAGUACAUCUUCUGCUUCGUCCUGGGGUUCUUCUACCCUGUCAUGCUGAUGCUCUUCCUUGUCUUUGGAGGGCUGCUGAACUUCACGAUGCAUGACCAGCACACGGGCCCGGCGUGGAACGUGCUGAUGUGGACCUUGCUUUUUCUGGGCCAGGGUAUCCAGGUCAGCCUGUACUGCCAGGAGUGGUAUGCACGGAGGCACUGCCCCCUGCCCCAGACAACCUUCUGGGGACUGGUGACACCUCGAUCUUGGUCCUGUCAUACCUAGAGGCCAGGGCACUCUCACUGCCCACAUGAUGCCACUACGUUCUCUGCCUGCAAAGGCUGGGACCAGGGCUUCUUUCUGCACUCCGAAACCUGGCUCUGUGUCAACGGGGCCUGCACACAAGCCCCCACCUGGGAAGUGCAGAGGCUGAGGUCUGUGGACCUGCUGGUGCGAAGCACAGACUCAGCAGGGGUGACUCUUGAGCCUCUACCCCCAGAGAUUGGAAACAGGAUAUCCUCCCACCCCAUGGCUGUUCAGACCUGGGAAAACUCGAGGGGAUUUGCAGAUUUGGUGAUUAUAGGGGGAUUUGGAGGGGCCACCAAGGUUUGAGAAGGUUCGAGUUCGACAAUAAACUCUGUCUCCCUUUUUA